GGCUGAACAAGAUGGCUGCGUGUUGGGGACCGGAGAGCUGAGAGCGAAAGGAAGGGGGGAGAGUUUUAAAUUUAGAUACCACUUCAAAUAAAAUAAAAAUAAAAUAAGAGAGGUCUGCGACGCUGGCGUUCACUCUCCAAGUGGGCACGUUUUCAUUUCUGUCAUUUAUAACUUAACGCUGUCGGCCCCUCGGUCCGGCUCACCAGCCAGCGACGGCAGGCUUCUCCAUCUCCAUCCCCAGCCAUUCACCCCCGGACUCUAUAUUUUACACAGAUUAGCUCAGCCAAUAAAGAAGCUGGUGAAGAAGCUGGACCCUGCACCCUAAAGGCGCACAUAAGAAAUGUCAUUGCUGUGUGUUGGAGUGAAAAAAGGCAAGCUCGAUGGACCCCAAGAGAAAUUUAACACAUACGUGACACUGAAGGUGCAGAAUGUUAAGAGCACAACCAUCGCCGUGCGUGGCAGUCAGCCAUGCUGGGAGCAGGACUUCAUGUUUGAAAUAAACCGGCUGGAUCUGGGCCUCACAGUGGAGGUGUGGAAUAAAGGGCUGAUCUGGGACACCAUGGUGGGCACCUUAUGGAUCCCCCUGCGCAACAUACGGCAGUCCAAUGAGGAGGGUCCAGGUCAGUGGCUGACCCUGGACUCCAACGUGAUCAUGGCGGAGAAUGAGAUCUGCGGAACCAAAGAUCCGACAUUUCACAGGCUGCUGCUCGACACCCGAUUCGAACUGCCACUAGACAUUCCAGAGGAAGAGGCCAGAUACUGGGCCAAGAAACUGGAACAACUUAAUGCAAUGAGAGAUCAAGAUUACGCCUAUCAAGAAGAACAGGAGCGACCACUCCACGCUCCAUCCACACAGUGCUGUAAUUGGAGUCUGUGGGGAGAUCAGCAAAACGAGGACCCAGACAGUGCCGUUGACGACAGGGACAGCGACUACCGCAGUGAGACCAGUAACAGCAUCCCGCCUCCCUACUACACCACCUCCCAGCCCAACGCCUCCAUGCACCAGUACCCCAUGAGACACCAGCACUACCAGCACUCCUACAACGACGACAUCCAUGAGCUGGACUACGACCACAGAGCCAUGAGACGCUAUGAUAGUUUAGACUCGGCCACCAACGGGCGCAGCGAUAUCGACUCAGGCUCAGGGUCAAGCCGGCGCACCAGUCGUCAGUAUUCUCUAGACAGUAGGCACUCGCUGUCCGAUAGUCCCACAGACAGUCGUUACGCCUCGUCCGGUGAGUUAAGUCGAGGCAGCUCUCAGCUGAGUGAGGAGUUUGUCCCCGAGGACGGGGAAAGCUUGCGGGGGUCAGAAUUCUACGACGAAAACGACUCCUACCACUCCUGCCACUCGUCCGUCAGCUACGGCAAAGAAGACUCCCCGGGCUGGGAGGGCGAGGAACAGCAGGGCGUCUACAGCGACGAGGGAGGCUACCUCAAAGAUGGAGGGGAAGAGGGGGCCCUGUAUGACGAGGAGGAGGGAGGCAUGUACGCAGAGGAGGGAGAGUACAACUAUGAGGAUGAGGAGGACAUGCCGUAUGAGGAAGAGGAAGAUAUGUAUCCACUAGAUGGCACGCUCAGUGAAGACCAGGAGCCUCCCUAUACCCCCACACCCACAAGCACUGCCCCCACGCUGAUGCCCCCCUCUGAUGGUCCGUCCUCCAUGAGGCCACCUCUGGAGAAGCAGGCGUCGUUGCAUCAGCAGCAGCAGCAGCAGCGUCUUGGCCAUGAUCAGCUUCAGCCGCCCAGCACAGCUCCCGGUCUACCUCCAGUCUCACAGGACAACACGCUGCCCCCUUUCACUGCAGAUUCCACCAAGCCUCCCUUUGAACCAUCACAGCAAGAUCUGUUUGUCACGACUACAUCCACGGCCACAGCUACGUCACAGGUUCCAGCUCUGGACUCCAAACCCUUGGAGCCUGAGCCCAAACCUGAAGUGCCACUGGAAGAACAUGAACCUCCUGAGCAGCCUCCAGCGGCAGAGAACAUUCCCUCGGCUCCUGAGGAGAAAGCAGAGGAGCCUCCUGUUCCAAGUUUCCCUAAGAGGGAAAUCAUGGAACCUGGUCCUGCCAGAGCCAAGGCCAACUGGCUUCGACUUUUCAGCAGAGUGCGACUACAGCUACAAGAGGCUCGAGGAGAAAGUGUUGGCAUUGCCUCCCUGCUUUUAUCGGCCGGGAUGGGCGGUGCUCUGUAUAGCAUCGACAGCAUGCCAGACCUCAGGAAGAGGAAAGCUAUGCCUCUGGUCAGAGAUCUGGCUAUGUCCUUGGUCCAGAACUCCAGGAAGGCAGGCAUCACCUCGGCCCUAACGUCCAGCACCCUGCACAACGAAGAACUGAAGAGUCAUGUCUAUAAGAAGACCCUACAGGCCCUCAUAUAUCCCAUCUCCUGCACCACCCCGCACAAUUUUGAGGUGUGGACAGCCACCACGCCCACUUACUGCUACGAGUGUGAGGGCCUCCUGUGGGGAAUUGCUCGCCAGGGCAUGCGCUGUACUGAGUGUGGAGUCAAAUGUCACGAGAAGUGUCAGGAUCUACUCAAUGCUGAUUGCCUGCAAAGAGCAGCAGAGAAGAGCUCCAAACAUGGCGCGGAGGACCGAACCCAGAACAUCAUCAUGGUUCUUAAGGACCGCAUGAAGAUCCGAGAGAGGAACAAGCCUGAGAUCUUCGAACUCAUCCAGGAAGUGUUCACCGUCCCCAAGUCCACCCACGUCACCCAUAUGAAGCAGAUCAAACAGAGCGUGCUCGAUGGCACCUCCAAAUGGUCGGCCAAGAUCAGCAUCACAGUGUUGUGUGCACAGGGUCUACAAGCCAAGGAUAAAACCGGUUCUAGUGAUCCUUAUGUAACGGUCCAGGUGGGAAAGACGAAAAAGAGGACCAAGACCAUUUAUGGCAAUCUCAACCCUGUCUGGGAGGAAACAUUUAAUUUUGAAUGUCACAACUCCUCAGACCGCAUCAAGGUGCGAGUGUGGGAUGAGGACGAUGACAUUAAGUCUCGCGUGAAGCAGAAGUUCAAGCGAGAGUCAGACGACUUCCUCGGUCAAACCAUCAUCGAGGUCCGCACUCUGAGCGGGGAGAUGGACGUCUGGUAUAAUCUGGACAAGCGUACGGACAAGUCAGCUGUGUCUGGGGCCAUCCGGAUGCACAUUAAUGUGGAGAUCAAGGGAGAGGAGACGGUUGCUCCGUAUCACGUUCAGUACACCUGCCUUCAUGAAAACCUCUUCCAUUAUGUGACAGACAUCCAGAAUAAUGGUGUGGUGAAGAUCCCUGAUGCCAAAGGAGAUGAUGCAUGGAAGGUCUAUUUUGAGGAGACACCCCAGGAGAUUGUAGACGAGUUUGCCAUGCGUUAUGGAGUGGAGUCCAUCUACCAGGCCAUGACACACUUCGCCUGCUUGUCGUCGAAGUACAUGUGCCCAGGUGUUCCUGCAGUGAUGAGUACCCUGCUGGCUAACAUCAAUGCCUACUACGCCCACACCACCCAGGCAACCAACAACGUCUCUGCCUCAGACCGCUUCGCAGCUUCUAACUUCGGGAAAGAGAGAUUUGUCAAGCUUCUAGAUCAGCUGCACAACUCCCUGAGGAUCGACCUGUCCAUGUACCGGAACAACUUCCCAGCUAGCAGCCCCGAGAGGCUGCAGGACCUCAAGUCCACAGUGGACCUUCUCACUAGUAUCACGUUCUUCAGAAUGAAGGUCCAAGAGCUCCAGUCUCCACCCAGAGCCAGUCAGGUGGUGAAGGACUGUGUCAAAGCCUGUCUCAACUCCACCUACGAGUACAUCUUUAAUAACUGCCAUGAGCUCUACAGCCGCGAGUACCAGACAGACCCGGCCAAGCAGGGUGCUGUGCCCCCAGAGGAGCAGGGACCUAGCAUCAAAAAUUUGGACUUCUGGUCCAAACUCAUCACACUUAUCGUCUCCAUUAUCGAGGAGGAUAAGAAUUCUUACACUCCCUGCCUGAACCAGUUUCCCCAGGAGCUCAAUGUGGGUAAAAUCAGUGCUGAAGUCAUGUGGAACCUAUUUGCUCAGGAUAUGAAGUAUGCAAUGGAGGAACACGAAAAAAACCGCUUGUGCAAGAGUGCGGAUUACAUGAACCUGCACUUCAAGGUCAAGUGGUUGUACAAUGAGUACUGCAAAGAUCUGCCCUUCUUUAAGAGCAGAGUGCCAGAAUACCCUGCGUGGUUUGAGCCAUUUGUCAUCCAGUGGCUGGACGAAAACGAGGAAGUGUCUCGUGACUUCCUGCAUGGUGCUUUGGAAAGAGACAAGAAAGAUGGGUUCCAGGUAACAUCAGAACAUGCUCUGUUCUCCUGCUCGGUGGUGGACGUGUUUUCCCAGCUCAACCAGAGCUUUGAGAUCAUCAGGAAGUUAGAGUGUCCCGAUCCGCAGAUUGUGGGACACUACAUGAAGCGGUUUGCCAAGACCAUCAGCAAUGUGCUUCUGUCCUACGCUGAUAUCAUCUCCAAGUUGUUUGCCAACUAUGUCACCAUGGAGAAAGUGCCCUGCAUCCUGAUCAAUAACAUCCAGCAGCUGAGGGUUCAGCUGGAGAAGAUGUUUGAAGCCAUGGGUGGGAAAGACCUGUGUGUGGAGGCCAGUGAUAUCCUGAAAGACCUGCAGGUUAAGCUCAACAACGUCAUGGAUGACCUCAGCAGGGUCUUUGCUGUCAGUUUCCAGCCUCAUAUUGAGGAAAACGUGAAGCAGAUGGGAGACAUCUUGGCUCAGGUGAAGGGAACCUCAAACGUGGGAAAUGCCAGCAGCGUGGCCCAGGAUGCUGACAACGUCCUGCAGCCAAUCAUGGAGUUCCUGGACAGCAACCUGACUUUGUUCGCUAAGAUCUGUGAGAAGACGGUGCUGAAGCGAGUGCUGAAGGAGCUGUGGAAGCUGGUGAUGAACACCAUGGAGAAGACCAUCGUUCUGCCGCCGCUCACAGACCAAACGAUGAUUGGGAGGCUGAAGAGUGCUUCUCACAGUGAUGGUACUCAGCUCAUCUUUAACGCCGCUAAGGAGCUGGGACAGCUGUCCAAACUGAAGGAGCACAUGGUUCGUGAGGAGGCCAAAGCGCUGACACCCAAGCAGUGUGCUGUGAUCGAGCUGGCCCUGGACACCAUCAAGCAAUAUUUCCAUGCUGGUGGUGUGGGUCUGAAGAAGACUUUCCUGGAGAAGAGUCCUGACCUCCUGUCUCUACACUACGCUCUGUCCCUGUACACGCAGGCCACAGACAAACUCAUUAAGACCUUUGUCCAGUCACAGAACGCACAAGUGUUCGGCGGGAAGGGGGUGAGAUUCACCACUAGUGAGGAUGUUUACCCAGAGAAGGGCUCUGGGGUGGACGACGCUGUGGGAGAAGUGUCCAUCCAUGUGGAGAUUUUCACCCACCCCAACACCGGAGAGCACAAGGUCACAGUCAAAGUGGUGGCUGCCAACGACCUGAGGUGGCAGACGCAGGGCAUAUUCCGGCCCUUUGUGGAGGUUUACAUCAUCGGCCCUCACCUCAGCGACAAGAAGAGGAAGUACGCCACAAAGUCAAAGAACAACAGUUGGGCUCCCAAAUAUAACGAAACCUUCACUUUCACUCUGAGUAAUGAGGUCGGCCCCGAGUGCUACGAGCUGCAGGUGUGUGUGAAGGACUACUGCUUCGCUCGGGAGGAUCGCACCGUGGGCAUGGCCGUCCUACAGCUGAAGGACAUGGCGUCCAAAGGCAGCGUGGCCUGCUGGCUGCCGCUGGGCAAACGCAUCCACAUGGAUGAGACAGGCCUGACCGUCCUGCGCAUCCUCUCCCAACGCAACAACGACGACGUGGCCAAGGAGUUCGUCAAGCUCAAGUCUGACCAGCGCUCUGCGGAGGAGGGCCGCAGCUAAGGGGCGGAACGGAAUCGAAAAUGAGACCGGAGCCCGAUCAGACGUCGCCACCCGCUCUCCUGAGCCACUGCAAGCCACUGCCCUGAAGAUCCAGUGUUGGAAAAGCACACAUCCAAUGCCGUAACCACGUUUAUGUCGGUGGGAAAGACACAGUGCAAAGCAACACAUGUUCUCAGCCAUCCUUCUGAUUAACAACACAUAGUUUAUUCACAGAGGAUACAUCUACUUUCUUCUAUUCCAUUCCACACACACACACACACACAAGAUAAAUCUUGUAGCCUUUAAUAUGUUUGGGUUUCUUUCUCACUUCUCUCUGCCUUUUCGACGUAAGCCCCUCUUUCCCUACCUCCCGCCUCCUCUUGUCCCUUCCCUGGUUCACACCCGCUUUAGAGAAGGGACCGCAAGUGCCAACAGAUAAUCACUGAAAUAUGCCAAGACCAGCCCUAAGCACAACAGGACCAACCGCCCAACUGACCAAUAAACAACAACAACAACAACGACGCCUGCACGGCCUCAAACAUUCCAGAUAUCGGGUUGGGGGGGCACACACUGGGAGCAAAGUACUAUUUAUUUACCUACGACACGUUUACUAUUUAUUUACUUCCUUCUUCCAGAUUAUAUUUUAAUAACUCUAUAUAUCAUGAUAGAUAUCUAUAAAUAUAAUAUAAACUAUGAAGGAAAUAUGUAAAGAUACAUAUAGGAAUAUUCGAUAGACGUGUGGUACUUGAAAGAUUGUCUUUUUCUGUCCGUCCGUCUGUCUGUCCGUCCGUCUACCCUGUAACAGAGCACACUGCCUGACACCCUCAAUGCCUUCUGUCUUGUUGACCCUCGUGUAUUUUGUGUCCGACUCCGGUACAGAGUGACCGAAUCUGAUGAGAGCAAGUCUUCAAGCGAUCAUCAGAGUACAUGUCAUGGACUGAGCGAACGCAAAGACCUGCGUUCGAGCACAAUGUGUGUUUGUAAUACGUUGACCUCAUGUAGCCGCCCGUGUUGCCUGUUACCUGUAAAUGUAACCACAGGAAGCCAUCACAAGCAGAGAACGUCACACAGGGCGAGGGGGGAGAGGCGUUCAUAUUCGGAUUAGAUUUUAUUGUCUUUUUAGGGAGUUUUCUUGUUUUUUUAAUUUUUUUUUUUUUUUACUUUUAUUACUGUAAACAUUCCUCAGCCAUCCUAUACUGGGUGCGUGAGUGGUGCAUAAUGGAGGGACCUUUAAUGGAAAAAAAAAGGCAAUUGCCAAAUAAAAUCCUGCAUGCAUAAGGAGAUGAUAAAAAAAAAAAUGCCUCUGAGACACUAUUUUGCAAAGCAUCAUGGUCUGGAGGUGAAAUGUCUGCGUGGGUACCAAAUCAUAAAUAUUCAAAAUCCCGAUUGAGAAGUAAGACCUCUGCUAAAGGGCUGCAGAUCCAGAACUCACCAAGUCUGGGUCUGACAUCUAAAAGAGGGCCUACAUGCCAGUGUUUUAGUCCAGUCAUUACAGAGCACCUAGUGGGAAGAUUUAGAAGCACAGGGUCUUUGCUGCACCCAUAAUAACACCUUUUUACUCGUUUCGUUCGUCUCUCUGGGUUAUGAGAUUACAGGAACUACACUUUGUUUCAAAUCAUCCUACAGUUCAGUGAAAACCUAGAGACACUUUUGUGUGAAGCUAAAUGUUUUAAACUGAUUAUUUGCCGUCUAGCAUGUCUAUUAAUGCCACUUCUAUUUUCUCUGAAUGCCCUAUUUUAUAUAUAUAUAUAUAUAAAAAAGAUUGUUUUAUUUAUCUAUAAGAGGUUUGUAUGCUUGUUGUGAACAAAAAAAAAAAAAAGGAAUCCAGGAAAGGAAAUAGUGUCACUGACUGAGAGGAGGAGACGCAGUGCAUCGAUAACAGGGUGUUUGGUUGUUUUUCUAUUUCUGCCUCGUCGCUAAGUUGCCACUAACGAGGGCCUUUCCCCCCGUGAAAACCGCUUGAUGACAACUGAAUAAUUCAAAAGGCCCCAGUAUUUGAACAAGGUGUAAGAACUGAACUCUAUGCAUCUGAUCUAUAAAAAGAAAAAAGAAAAAAAUCUACGUAGAUGAGUCAUUUUUCGAAGCAGUCUUAUAAUGUUUACAUUGUGGAAUAUUAUUCGAAUUAUAUCAGCACAAGCGUUUGUCUGAUAUGUUGUAAAUGCUGUCUUUAUUGUAACGGGCCAAAUAUCGCAGCCGUAGUAGAAGCUGAUUAGAGACUGGAACUUGUUUGUACAGCUUUUUGGUGCAGAGGAAAAUAGUCUGGAACAGAGAUCGAUUGUUGCAGUUGUAAAUAGCUCGGACGUCAGACUAUGUGAAGUGAAGUUUGCUGCUCUUUUGUAGACUUGAAUUUUGCUCCGGGUAAUUAUGUGUGCCCAAUCUGGAUAUGUAGCUACUACUGAAAGAUGCAGUGAGGCCGUGUACGCACCGGAGAUCAAUCGCAGAAUGUUCAUGUUAAAUUUAAUGGGUCUGAUUUGGAGAUUAUCUUAGGUUCACGAUAUGUGGCCUAAAACUGAAAGCAGCUUGAGUUAAUCAUGUUGUGUAACUCUCUGGUGUGUGCAGGGUCUUCUAUUCAAAGGGGAAAUCUGCACAGUUUUUAAUAACUCUAAAUAACAGGUACACCGUUGUCACUGGAACUGCCACGAAAACUUUAUUUAUUGCUGUUGACAAUGAUAACUUUAGUCAAGGAAACACUUCCUCCUUCACAGGCUCAGUUUGUGUGUUGGGCUAUCAGGUUGGCACGUGAGACAGGAACGCACACAGAGGUUAAGGACGAAGGUAGACGAAGCACAACGAUAAGCACACAGACGGGAGGCGGACAGACAUGCAUGAUCUGUCCUGUUCUGUCUCGCCAACCAGGCCACCCAGACGAUGCCGGGCCUGUACUUCCAGAAAUGGUGCAUGAUAGGAACAAUAAAACAAAAAGAAAAAACUGUAUUGUGCCAGCACGCAUAAUUAUUUGAUGUUAACUGCCAAUUGUCGUCUCCUUUAUUUUGAUAUUUCAUUAUUGUUUUCUAUUUUUCAAAUGGUUGUGAAUAUAUAAAUAUGUAUUACUGAUGAUGUGUAGUGGUACAAAGUACUCGCAUGAGAAUUUUUUUAUACACGAGAUGUUUCUAAUUUUUUUUUUUUAUUAUUAUAAUUAUUAUUAUGGUUGUUCUUAUUGGGGGCUGAGGUUCUCAGGACUGCAGUCUUAUUGUGUUUCUGCUUCCAAUAAACUAUGAAAAAGAAAAA